AUGAAUUCAGUUAUCAAUUCGGCGCUCCUCGUGCUCCUGGUUGUCGCCGCUAACACCGCCGGAUGUCUCGCUGUGCAGCGGCCGUACCUCGACCCAAAGCAGCACGCGGUGUUGAAGGAGCUCGUGCAGCAGUGGGGCAAGUUCAAGGGGUCAUCCACGUGGACCCAAUCGGGCGGGCCGCGCCGCUGCAACACGUACGCGGGCGUGCGCUGCAAUCCCAAGGGCUACAUCAACAACAUGACUCUUGUGGAGGCGGGAGCUAAGGGUCCCAUCGGCUCGCUUACUAAGCUCGCGUCGCUGCGAUACCUCGACCUGUCGAGCAACUCUAUCAACGGAUCUAUCAGCAGCCUCAGCAAGCUCAGGGGGCUCGUGCACCUGGACCUGAGCGGCAACCCCGACGUGUCCAAAGGAAUCGAAGCUCUCCCCGCCAUUCGCGGCCUCGUGCACCUCGAUCUCUCCGACUCGGGAGUUGAGGGUCCCAUUCCGACUGCCCUCGCCACUAUGCGACUCACGUACCUCGAUCUGAGUCUGAACCGGCUGACGGGAACCAUUCCGGCGUUCAUUGGCAUGAUGAAGAGUCUCGUGUACCUCAACCUGGCAGCGACGGGCGAGGAGGGGCUGAACGGGCUGCUGCCGCGCAGCAUUGGCAACCUCGUCAACCUCAAGGAGCUGUACCUGCACAAGAACCGCCUCACUGGACGCGUCAACUCCAUCGGCAAACUCACCAAGCUGCAGCGCCUGCUGUUGGGCGACAACUACUUCCGCCAGGUCUUCCCCAGCAACUUCAAGGCCCUCCGCAACCUCGACUACCUGAGCAUGCGCUACAACUCCUUCUCCGGGGAUCUGCCUUCCUUCAUCGGCAACCUCACCAAGCUCAGCUUCCUCUCCCUGAACGACAACCUGCUCUCCGGAAACGUCCCUGCCACCUACAAGAACCUCAAGAACCUGCAGACGCUGAACCUGCAGAACAACCGUUUGAGCGGCUACCUGCCUGACUUUACUUCUCAGAGCAAGCUCAAGUCCAUUGACGUGAGUGGCAACUACAUCACAGGCCCACUGCCCAAGUUUGCCACCAUGCCAGAAUCCGCCAAUUUCAACAGCAACUACUUUUUCGGCUCCUCGGUCCCCGCCACCACCAGCGGCAAGACUGUGUGCUCGGCAGACAUCGGCAACAACUGCCUCACCGUGCCUUCCUCUUACAGCUGCGGCUCCAAGCCCAAGCAGAGAGUCGCCAAGUCGUGCCAGCAGUUCUGCAACACUUCUGGGAGCUCCCAGUGCGGUGGAAAGGGGUAUUGCACGGUGGAACUGUUUCUCUCGAGUAUAAAGAAUUGCUCGUCUCAAACCCUUAUUUUAGAGAACCGCCUUCAUCAGAACACGCGCGCGAUCGACCCCUCCGCCAUGGCAGACAGGACAGGACCCUCCGAGGAAAUGCGUCCCUGGCGAAUCCUAGACGCAGCAUACUCGGCCGCAUUUCUCGCCGCCCUGUGCGCCUGUUCGGUUUCCCUCGCCCCGCGAACACCAUUUUUCGUCUCCGCCGCCGCAAUUAACAGCAGCGGUAAAAGCAGCGAGAAUGGCGGCGCGGAAGCAGCAGCGCGGCUUAAAAGCCUGUACAUGCUCCCGGCCGUGGAUGCCACGGGUCAGCUCCGGUCCCUAAGCGAGCUUCGCGGCACGGUGUCAUUGGUGGUGAACGUGGCCAGUGACUGUGGGCUCACUAAGAGGAACUACGAGGAGCUAGCAGUGCUGCACAACCGCUUUGCUGCGCGCGGCUUCCAAGUGCUCGCAUUCCCCUGCAACCAGUUCGGCAACCAGGAGCCCAGGUCCAACAGUGACAUCCUCUCCUUUGCCCGCACGAACCACUCUGCACCGUUCCGCAUCUUCGCCAAGACGCUGGUGAACGCGCCACUGGAGUGCUCGGGCACGGAGGCUGCGUGCACGGCCAGCACCACGAGCUGCUGCCCGUCCAACAGCCUCGUCUUUGACCUACUCAAGCAGCACUUCCCUGGCGACAUCGAGUGGAACUUUGCCAAGUUUCUGGUGGGCAAGGACGGCAUAACCAUCCGCCGCUAUGCCCCCACUGUGAAUCCUCUAGACAUUGCGCCACACAUUGAAGCGGCUCUCGCUGCUCCCACUCCCCCCUCACACGCCCACAGCUGGUGGGGCUUUGGAGACGGCAAGGACGAGGGGCAUGCAGACAUGCUGUGA